AAUGAAACCGCAUACCACCCUCAACCUUCAUCUUCUUAGAAAAUCAAUCAAAACAAACCCAGAAAGAAGAAGAACAAAGAUUAAUACAGAUUCUACAUUCUCUGUUUCCGAAAAAAAAAAGAUUUGGUUGGUGAAGCCCAAGGGUUUGUUGGGAUCAUUGUUGGAAUAUCUCAACUUCAACAUUGCUGUGUGAUGCAUUGGAUUGCUUUGUAGGAUCAUGCUUUGUGCUUCUGGUUCUUUGUUUGAAGUUCUGAACUAGCUGAGAUCCUUCUUCUUAUUCAGAAGUAACUGCAGUAUUGAAACUUUGAAAGGAUGAUGGAGGAUUUGUGGGUUUUGUAUUGUGGGGAAUCUGCUCCCUCAAAUUUUGAUUUUCUGGGCCAUCCUUCUUCAUGCACCAAUCACUUGUUGAUAAUCUGCUUGGACAUAGUUCUGUUAGUAAUGCUCUUGUUCACUAUGUUUCACAAGUCAUUAUUAUCGAAAUCAGCUCAUAUUCCAGUCCGAUUUCGAGGUUGCUCGAGUAUGCAAAUAGUGUCUGCAAUUGUGAAUGGAUGUCUUGGAGUUGUAUACUUGUGCUUGGGAACCUGGAUUUUAGUACAGAAGCUGAGGGAUUCAGGAUCCGCUUUGCCCUUGAAUUGGUGGUUACUUGCUUUGUUUCAAGGGGUAGCAUGGCUGUUGGUGAGUUUGAGUCUAAGCAUCAGAGCAAAGCAACUUCCAAGGCAACCUUCAAGACUGUUGUCUAUCCUUGCGUUCCUGUUUUCUGGAAUUGUCUGUGCUCUAUCGCUCUUUGCGGCCAUUUUUGGAAAAGAAAUGUCUAUGAAGAUAGUUCUAGAUAUCCUAUCUUUUCCAGGAGCAGCAUUGUUGCUGUUGUGUGUUUACAAGGGUUAUGCACAUGAAGUGAGUGAUGAGAGCCUGAAUGGAAAUGGCCUUUUUACUCCUCUUUUUAAUGGUGAGUCCGAUGUCACAAGUAAAGGUGAAGAUCAUAUUACUCCAUUUGGCAAAGCUGGAAUUUUCAGUAAAAUGUCACUUUGGUGGCUGAAUCCAUUGAUGAAAAUGGGUAGGGAGAAAACUCUAGAGGACGAAGACAUACCAAAGUUGCGGGAGGAAGAUCAAGCAGAGAGCUGUUAUCUGCUGUACUCGGAACAACUGAGCAAGCAGAAGGAAAUAGAUCCCUCUUCCCAGCCAUCAGUGUUAAAGACGAUAAUCAUAUGCCACUGGAAGGAGAUCUUAAUAUCCGGCUUCUUUGCAAUACUUAAGAUAGUCACUCUCUCUGCUGGUCCUUUGCUUCUCAAUGCCUUUAUUUUGGUUGCUGAGGGAAAUGAAAGUUUCAGAUAUGAAGGUUAUGUGUUAGCCAUAACACUGUUCUUUUCAAAGACCAUUGAAUCUCUAUCACAAAGGCAAUGGUACUUAAGAUGCAGGCUUAUUGGCUUGAAGAUUAGGUCUUUGCUCACAGCAGCCAUUUACAAGAAGCAAUUGAGAUUAUCCAAUGCUGCUAAGUUGACACACUCUGGUGGUGAAAUCAUGAAUUAUGUUACUGUGGAUGCUUAUAGGAUUGGAGAAUUUCCAUUCUGGUUCCAUCAGACUUGGACAACUAGCCUCCAGCUCUGUUUUGCUUUGGUAAUUCUUUUCCGUGCAGUCGGCCUAGCCACAUUUGCAUCAUUGGUGGUGAUAGUUUUGACUGUUCUUUGCAAUGCUCCACUUGCUAAGUUACAACAUAAGUUUCAGAGUAAGCUUAUGGUGGCACAAGAUGAAAGACUCAAGGCAUGUUCUGAAGCUCUUGUAAACAUGAAGGUACUAAAACUGUAUGCAUGGGAAACCCACUUCAAGAAUGCAAUAGAGAAAAUGAGGAAGGAGGAGCAUAAAUGGUUAUCUGCUGUACAGCUAAGGAAAGCAUAUAACACCUAUCUCUUUUGGUCAUCUCCUGUUUUGGUCUCUGCUGCAACAUUUGGGGCAUGCUAUUUUCUCGGAAUUCCAUUGCAUGCAAACAAUGUUUUUACUUUUGUUGCAACUUUGCGCCUUGUUCAGGACCCUAUUCGAUCUAUACCUGAGGUUAUUGGGGUUGUGAUUCAAGCCAAGGUUGCAUUUGAGCGUAUUGUGAAUUUCCUUGAAGCACCAGAGCUUCAGACUUCAAAUGUCAGGAAGUGCAACAUGAAGAAUGUAGUGCAUUCCAUUGCUAUUAACUUGGCUAGUUUUUCAUGGGAAGAGAAUGUAUCAAAGGCCACACUAAGAAAUAUAAAUUUGGAGGUUAGACCUGGCCAGAAGGUGGCUAUAUGUGGAGAAGUUGGCUCAGGGAAAUCAAGCCUCUUAGCUGCAAUUCUUGGAGAAAUUCCAAAUGUUCAAGGAAGUAUUCAAGUUUUUGGGAAGAUUGCCUAUGUUUCUCAAACAGCAUGGAUUCAGACAGGGACAAUACAGGAGAAUAUUCUAUUUGGUUCUGCUAAGGAUGAUGAACGAUACCGAGAAACACUUGAGAGAUGUUCACUUGUAAAGGACCUUGAGCUACUUCCCUAUGGUGAUCUUACCGAGAUAGGGGAGAGAGGGGUCAAUCUCAGUGGUGGUCAGAAGCAGCGGAUUCAACUUGCUCGUGCUCUCUACCAGAACGCUGACAUAUAUCUCUUGGAUGAUCCAUUUAGUGCUGUUGAUGCACAUACUGCUACUAACCUAUUUAAUGAAUAUGUUAUGGAAGCACUUUCAGGGAAGACAGUCUUACUUGUGACCCAUCAAGUUGACUUCCUGCCUGCAUUUGACUCUGUGUUGUUGAUGUUAGAUGGGGAAAUUCUUCAGGCAGCUCCAUAUUAUCAGUUAUUGGAAUCGAGCCAAGAAUUUCAGGACCUUGUUAAUGCACACAAGGAAACUGCUGGUUCGGAAAGGCUUGCAGAUGUCCCUUCUGCCCAAAUUUCUGGAACACCAUCGAGAGAGAUUAAAAAGGCUUAUGUAGAGAAGCAAUUGAAAGGAAACAAAGGUGACCAGUUGAUUAAGAUAGAAGAGAGAGAAUCAGGGGACACAGGUUUAAGGCCCUACAAACAGUAUCUGAAACAAAACAAAGGAAUGUUCUACUUCUCAGCCGCUGUUCUUUUGCACCUGACAUUUGUUAUUAGUCAGAUAGCACAGAACUCUUGGAUGGCUGCUAAUGUUGAUAAUCCUAAUGUUAGCUCAUUGCAGUUGAUUGUGGUUUACCUCUCAAUUGGAUUUUCUGCAACAUUUAUUUUGCUGUUUAGAUCUCUGCUAACAGUUGUUUUGGGUCUUGAGGCAUCAAAGUCAUUGUUCUCUCAGCUACUGAACUCUCUAUUUCGUGCACCCAUGUCUUUCUAUGACUCGACGCCUCUUGGAAGGAUACUUAGUCGGGUUUCAGCUGAUCUAAGUAUCGUAGAUCUUGAUAUUCCAUUCAGCCUUGUCUUUGCUUGUGGAGCUACCAUAAAUGCUUACUCCAAUCUUGGAGUACUAGCUGUUGUUGCAUGGCAAGUGCUGUUUGUUUCUAUACCAAUGGUCUUUCUAGCAAUUCAGUUACAGAAAUAUUAUUUUUCCACUGCAAAGGAGUUGAUGAGGAUCAAUGGAACGACCAAAUCCUUUGUAGCAAACCAUCUUGCUGAGUCUGUAUCAGGAGCCAUUACAAUUAGAGCUUUCAAUGAAGAAGAACGCUUCUUGGCAAAGAAUUUUCACCUUAUUGACACAAAUGCUAGCCCCUUUUUUCAUAGUUUUGCAGCAAAUGAGUGGUUGAUUGAACGGUUAGAAAUAAUUUGCGCAGCAGUUCUCGCAUCUGCUGCGCUCUGCAUGGUCUUGCUUCCAACUGGAACUUUUACUUCUGGGUUUAUUGGAAUGGCGCUUUCUUAUGGUCUUUCGCUAAACAUGUCAUUGAUCUUUUCGAUUCAAAGCCAGUGCUUUGUAGCGAAUUACAUAAUUUCUGUUGAAAGACUAAAUCAAUACACACAUAUACCAAGUGAAGCCCCUGAAGUUAUAGAGGGAAACCGGCCACCUCCUAACUGGCCUGUUGUAGGUAAAGUAGAGAUACAAGAUUUGCAGAUAAGAUAUAGGCCAGAUACACCACUUGUUCUUCGAGGAAUCAGUUGCAGUUUUGAAGGAGGACACAAGAUUGGUAUCGUUGGUCGUACAGGCAGUGGGAAGUCUACUCUCAUAGGUGCUUUAUUUCGUCUGGUGGAGCCAUCUGGAGGGAAGAUUAUAGUUGAUGGCAUUGACAUCUCUACUAUAGGACUCCAUGAUCUGAGGUCAAGAUUUGGAAUAAUACCGCAAGACCCUACUCUCUUUAAUGGGACUGUGAGAUACAAUUUGGAUCCCUUAUAUCAACAUUCAGACCCUGAAAUAUGGGAGGUUCUUGGGAAGUGUCAGCUUCGGGAGGCUGUUCAAGAAAAAGAAGACGGUCUAGACUCUUUAGUCAUGGAAGAUGGAUCAAACUGGAGCAUGGGGCAAAGGCAGUUGUUCUGUUUGGGUCGUGCUCUUUUGAGGAGAAGCCGGGUAUUGGUGCUUGAUGAAGCAACUGCUUCAAUCGACAAUGCAACUGACAUGAUUUUACAGAAGACUAUACGCACUGAAUUUGCAGAUUGUACAGUUAUCACAGUAGCUCACAGGAUACCAACUGUGAUGGAUUGCACAAUGGUCCUUGCCAUUAGUGAUGGGAACAUAGUGGAAUAUGAUGAGCCAAUGAACCUGAUGAAAAGAGAAGGCUCACUAUUUGGGCAGCUUGUCAAGGAAUACUGGUCGCAUUUCCAGUCUGCAGAAUCACAGAUGAUGGAGGAUUUAUGGAUUGGGUUUUGUGGGGAAUCUGGAAGUUCGGAGAAUUUGAACUUCCAGUUUCUGGUCCAUCCUUCUUCAUGCAUCAAUCACUCGUUGAUAAUUUUCCUGGAUAUAAUCCUUCUUGUGGUGCUCUUGUUCAAUAUGUUUCUCAAGUCACCAAAAACGGUUCGUGUUCAAGUCAGAUAUCGAGGUUUUUCAAGUUGGCAAAUAGUCUCGGCUAUUUUUAAUGGCGGUCUUGGAUUUGUGUACUUGUGCUUGGCAGCCUGGAUUUUAGAAGAAAAGCUGAGGAAUACACACACAGCUUUGCCUUUAAAUUGGUGGUUACUUGAUCUCUUUCAAGGCUUCACAUGGUUGUUUUUGAGCUUAACACUAAGCAUCAGGGUAAAGCAACUUCCAAGACAGCCUUCAAGACUCUUGUCCAUCCUUGUAUUUCUGUUCUCUGCAGUUGUCUUUGCUCUAUCGCUCUUUGCUAUCAUCUUCGGAAGUGAAAUGUCUGUUAAGAUAGUACUAGACAUCCUGACUCUGCCAGGGGCAGCAUCGUUGCUGUUAUGUGUUUUCAAGGGGUACAAGUAUGAAGAUGGUGAUGAGAUCGUCAGUGACAAUGGUCUUUAUGCCCCUCUCAAUGGUGAGUACCAUGGCAUUAGUAAAGGUAAUGAUCAUGCAACCCCAUUCAGCAAAGCUGGUUUAUUCAGUAAAUUGUCAUUUUGGUGGUUAAAUUCAUUGAUGAAAAGAGGAAGGGAGAAAACUCUGGAGGAUGAAGAUAUACCAAAGCUGCGCAAGGAAGAUCAAGCAGAAAGUUGUUAUAAGAUGUUCUUGGAGAAAUUGAGCAAGCAGAAACAAAUUGAGCCAUCUUCCCAGCCAUCAGUGUUAAAGAUUAUAAUCCUAUGCCACUGGAAGGAGAUUUUACUAUCUGGUUUCUUUGCUUUGCUGAAGAUACUUACCAUCUGUGCUGGUCCUUUGCUUCUGAAUGCCUUCAUUUUGGUAGCAGAAGGAAAUGAGAGUUUCAAGCAUGAGGGUUAUCUGUUAGCUGCAGCACUUUUUGUGUUGAAGACCACUGAAUCCUUGUCACAAAGACAGUGGUACUUCAGGUGCAGGCUCAUUGGUUUGAAAGUUAGGUCUCUGCUUAGAGCAGCCAUUUACAAAAAGCAGUUGAGAUUAUCUAAUGCUGCUAAGCUGACACACUCAGGUGGUGAAAUUAUGAAUUAUGUAACUGUGGAUGCUUAUAGGAUUGGAGAAUUCCCAUUUUGGUUACAUCAGACUUGGACGACUAGCAUCCAGCUCUGUUUUUCUUUGGUAAUUCUUUUCCGUGCAGUCGGCCUAGCUACAUUUGCAGCCUUGGUGAUGAUACUUUUGAGCAUGGCUGUCAAUGCUCCACUUGCUAAGCUACAACACAAGUUUCAGAGUAAGCUUAUGAAGGCACAAGAUGAAAGGCUCAAGGCUAGUUCUGAGGCUCUAGUGAACAUGAAGGUCUUAAAGUUAUAUGCAUGGGAAACACAUUUCAAGAAGGCUAUAGAGAGGUUAAGGAAGGAGGAGCACAAAUGGUUAUCUGCAUUGUUGCUAAGAAAAGCAUAUAGUACUUAUCUCUUUUGGACAACUCCUGUUUUGGUCUCUACUGCAACAUUUGGAGCAUGCUAUUUUCUCAAAAUUCCGUUACAUGCAAACAAUGUUUUUACUUUUAUAUCAACUCUGAGACUUGUUCGGGACCCCAUUCGAACCAUGCCUGAUGUUUUUGCGGCUGUCAUUCAAGCUAAGGUUGCAUUUGGUCGUAUUGUGAAAUUCCUUGAGGCACCUGAGCUGCAACCUUCAAAUGUCCGGAACUGCAACAUGAAGAAUGUAGCAAACUCCAUUGAAAUAAAAUCAGCUAAUUUUUCAUGGGAAGAGCAUUUUCUGAAGUCCACACUGAGAAAUAUAAAUGUGGAGGUUAGACCAGGUGAAAAGGUUGCUAUAUGUGGAGAAGUUGGCUCAGGCAAGUCAAGCCUUUUAGCUGCAAUUCUUGGAGAAAUUCCAACUGUGCAAGGAGAUAUUAAAGUUUAUGGGAAGAUUGCCUAUGUUUCUCAAACAGCAUGGAUCCAGUCAGGAACUAUACAAGAAAAUAUUCUCUUUGGUUCUUGUAUGGAUAGUGAGCGAUACCGAGAGACACUUGAGAGAUGCUCACUAGUUAAGGACCUUGAGCUGCUUCCCUAUGGUGAUCUUACUGAAAUAGGGGAGAGAGGGAUCAAUCUCAGUGGAGGUCAGAAGCAGCGGAUUCAACUUGCUCGUGCUCUCUAUCAGGACGCUGAUAUAUACCUCUUGGAUGAUCCAUUCAGUGCUGUUGAUGCACAUACUGCAACAAACUUAUUUAAUGUAAGCUUUACUUUCGAAAUUUAUGCUAUGCCUUUGACUUACGUCUUGCUUAUACUGAAAGAUAACUUGUACAUUGAGGAAUAUGUAAUGGAAGCACUUUCAGGCAAGACAGUACUACUUGUGACCCAUCAAGUUGAUUUCCUGCCUGCAUUUGAUUUUGUUCUGUUGAUGAUAGAUGGGGAGAUCCUACAAGCAGCUCCUUAUCAGCAUUUAUUGGCUUUAAGCCAAGAAUUCCAGGACCUUGUGAAUGCACACAAAGAAACUGCUGGUUCCAAAAGGCUUUCAGAUGUCGCUUCUGCUCAAAAUUCAGGAACAUCAUCUAGGGAGAUUAAGAAGAGUUAUGUGGAGAAGCCAUUAAAAGAAAAGAAAGGUGACCAAUUGAUCAAACUAGAAGAGAGAGAGACAGGAGACACAGGUUUUAAGCCAUACAUACUGUAUCUGAAGCAGAAUAAAGGGUUCUUGUACUUCUCAAUUGCCGUUUGCCUACACUUCACUUUCAUUAUGAGUCAGAUUGCACAGAACUCUUGGAUGGCUGCUAACGUUGACAAUCCAAAUGUUAGCACAUUGCGGUUGCUUGUGGUGUACUUAUCAAUUGGAUUCUCCGCUACAUUUAUAUUUCUGUUUAGAUCUCUUGCAGCAGUUAUUGGGGGUCUUGAGACAUCAAAGUCUUUGUUCUCACAGCUACUAAACUCCCUUUUUCGUGCACCUAUGUCAUUCUAUGACUCAACACCGCUAGGACGGAUACUUAGUCGGGUUUCAUCUGAUCUGAGUAUCACAGAUCUUGAUAUUCCAUUCAGCAUAGUAUUUGCUUGUGGAGCUACCAUGAAUGCCUAUUGCAAUCUUGGAGUAUUGACAGUUGUUACCUGGCAAGUCCUGUUUGUCUCCAUAACAAUGGUCUGUGUCGCAAUUCAGCUACAGAAAUAUUACUUUUCCACUGCAAAAGAGUUAAUGAGGAUCAAUGGAACAACCAAGUCUUUUGUUGCAAACCAUCUCGCAGAGUCUGUAUCAGGUGCCAUUACCAUAAGAGCUUUUAAUGAAGAAGAAUGCUUCUCGGCAAAGAACUUUCAGCUCAUUGACACAAAUGCUAGUCCCUAUUUCCACAGCUUUUCCGCAAAUGAGUGGUUAAUCCAACGAUUAGAGAUACUCAGUGCUGCGGUUCUUGCCUCUGCAGCACUUUGUAUGGUGCUGCUACCUCAUGGAACUUUCACCUCUGGGUUUAUUGGGAUGGCACUUUCUUAUGGUCUAUCAUUAAACGUGUCAUUGAUCAACUCAAUUCAGAAGCAGUGCACUAUAGCAAAUUACAUCAUUUCUGUUGAAAGACUACAUCAAUAUAUGAACAUUCCUAGUGAAGCCCCAGAAGUAGUAGAGGGAUACCGUCCUCCGGCCAAUUGGCCUGUUGUUGGAAAAGUGGAGAUCCAAAAUUUGCAGAUAAGAUAUAGGGAAGACACACCACUUGUUCUUCGAGGUAUCAGUUGCGUUUUUCAAGGAGGGCACAAGAUUGGUAUUGUUGGUAGGACAGGUAGUGGGAAGUCUACUCUAAUCGGUGCUCUUUUUCGUCUAGUUGAGCCGGCCGGAGGGAAGAUUUUAGUUGAUGGAAUUGACAUCUCUACUAUUGGACUUCAUGAUCUGAGGUCAAGAUUUGGAAUAAUACCUCAAGACCCUACUCUCUUUAAUGGGACUGUCAGAUACAAUUUGGACCCCUUAUCUCAACAUUCAGACCAGGAAAUAUGGGAGGUUCUUAGGAAGUGUCAGCUUCGAGAGCCUGUUGAAGAGAAAGAAAAAGGCUUGGACUCAUUAGUUGUGGAUGAUGGAUCAAACUGGAGCAUGGGGCAAAGGCAACUGUUCUGUCUUGGGCGCGCGCUUUUAAGGAGGAGUCGGGUAUUGGUGCUCGAUGAAGCAACUGCCUCCAUUGACAAUGCAACUGAUACGAUCCUGCAAAAGACUAUAAGGACUGAGUUUGAAACUUGUACAGUAAUUACAGUAGCUCACAGGAUACCAACAGUGAUGGAUUGCACAAUGGUUCUUGCCAUUAGUGAUGGGAAAAUAGUGGAGUAUGAUGAGCCUAUGAGGUUAAUGAAGAGAGAAAGCUCGCUGUUUGCGCAACUUGUCAAGGAGUACUGGUCCCAUCUCCAGUCUGCAGAAUCACGAAUGAAAUAUUACUAAUGUAGUCAUUAAAAGUAGUGAACCAGGAACUCAGGAAGCAUGGCCAAUGUAAACUACAGAAAUAAUGAAUUGUUAGAAGUUAGUGCAAAA